UUUAUAACACUAGUUAGCUCGCCUAAAAAUAGGCAAUAGUUUAUUAGGCACGUCUUGUACAAUAAUUGAACGCAAUCAGGGCUAUAUUAAAGGAAACACUGUGCCGUAUAUAUUUAUACACUUCCAUGCAAAUGUGAAUACAUAUUCUUUAUAAACAAAAAAUAAGAAAAAGAAGAGGCCAUACAAAAAUUCGCUUACGAAUUCUCGCAUUAAUAAAAAAGUGUUUGACUGGGACAGUAGCAACAUCUAUACAAUUUUGUCUGCAUAUUAUAACACUAAUUAAAUUAAGAAAACUAUCAAAUUUUAGAAAAUAAGAAAUCUUUUCAUCCGACAAACACUGCCAUAUAUAUUCCAUAACCAAUAUUAAAAAAAUGGAGCUAAAUCUUGUGCAGCAACUCAUUAAUGCGUCGGAAAAGGCCGCUAAUAUAGCGCGUGUGUGUCGCUCCAACGAGGCGCUGCUGAAGUUAUUGGUACAAGAAAAGACUGGACCGGAAGCGAAUGCGCGCUUCGAGCAUGAUUUCAAAACACUCGCAGAUGUGCUCAUACAAGAGACUAUCAAACAUGAUAUUGGUGCGUUGUUUCCUGCGAUGCGCGAAGCUAUUAACGGCGAAGAGUCACCAAAUUUUACUAAUGUAGAUGGCGAGUCAGUGACUAUUGCAGUUGGUGAGACUGCUGAGGAAACAGCGCAAUGUCUGGGUGCAAUACUGAACGUUGAAGCGGCGGAAGUGCUCGCCAAUGAAGUCCAUCGCGAGGUUAUAUACGAAGAAGCACUUUUAGGCGAAAUACCAGCACUACCUGAGGACUUAGACUACGGCAAUUUGGGCAUAUGGAUUGAUCCAAUUGAUGGCACUGCCGAGUAUAUAUCUGGUGAUAGCAUUUUCACCGACUUUCCAGGAAUUACUUCAACUGGCUUAGACUGUGUUACCGUGCUAGUGGGCGUCUACGAUCGCACUACUGGCACACCUGUGAUUGGUGUUGUAUCACAACCCUUCCACAACAAACUGGAUGAAAACCUAUAUCGUUCGUUAAUAUUUUGGGGCGUAUGCCUACCGAAUUUACAAGCCAAUAAUUGUCAAUUUGAGCGACCAGCGCGUGAUAAUCGACUGGGCAUAUUCUCCAGUUCGGAAAAUGGUGAUAUUCUCCAACGCAUUAUGGAGUUAGGUUAUGAAUUUGCAUUUGCUGCGGGUGCAGGUCAUAAAGCGUUGAAAGUUAUUACCUGGGAAGUAGAUUUGUAUUUGUUGAGCAAAGGUUCCACAUUCAAAUGGGAUACUUGUGCGCCACAAGCUAUAUUACGUUCAUUAGGUGGUGACAUUUACAGUUAUCGGGGAAGUAUCAGUGAGUGCAAGCCAAUACCACUUUGCUAUCAGGAAGUUAGUAACGAAGUGGACAAUACUAAAUGUAACAGAAAUGGUUUAAUUGCGGUAAGGGACUUAGGAUUAUUGGAAGAUUUACUAAAGAAAUUGACGGAAUAAGCUUAAAUGAAAAGGAAUUAAUGAGCAAAAAUUAAAACUAAGCUUUGUGUGUCAAAAAAGUUGGAAGUUAGGAAUAUUGGUUAAGUUUGGCUACAUAUGUGCAUAUGUAUGUAUAUACAUGAACAGAUGUAUGUACAUAUAUGUACUUUUGCUACUCUUUUAUUGUACUUAAUUUCAAAAUUGUUUAUAUUCGUCUGCUGUUGUAUUUUAUAUGAGAUAUUCAAACGUAAAUUGUAAAAAAGUGCAAUAACAACAAACGAGUCUGCCUACUUUAGUUUGUGUUGUAUAUUAUUAGGCUUUUAACGAGCAUAAAUGGUUAUUACACUUGCUUAUAUGCUUAUAUGUAUGUUACAUCCAUUCAAUUAAAAGUUAAUUAGCAAUAUUAAAAGUAAAUAUUUAAUGCGGCAAAAGUUAUGUGUGGUAAUCAGGGUUACAAGGAAUGCAUUAAAAAAUAAUUUAAUUAACUUUUGAAAUAAUUUUCCUUUUAUUUUGUAAUCCCGAAAAUCUUAAUUACAAAAAGUUUUAAAUUUAUAAUGCCAAAUACCGGAUUGAAAAUUUUAAAAUGAUGUGUAAUCUCAAUUUGGGAUUAAGAAAUAAAAAUUUAAUCCCAAGCUUAUAAUUAAGAAAUAAGAAAAUAAAAUUGUUUUAGAAUUUAAAUUGUUUCGAGUUUUUGGUUAUUUUUUGAAAAGGAAAGCUUAUCUUUAAUGAAACAUCAACAAACUUUUUUUAUUUUUGUGCAAUUUACAUUAAAUUGCUUUUUAUUGUGGUCUUUCAGUAAGAAAUAUGUAAAUCUUAACUUUUUUAUUCCUUUUCAUUCCGGCUUUUAAUUCGAUUUUUUUUUUUUUUGGUACUCCCAAUUUUAAAUUGAAAAAUGUUUUCUUCAAUUUUAAUGCAAGACUUUUGGGAUUAAAAAUUCAAUUUUCAGUCAUUAAUUUUUACUAUUAAAUUAAAAAUUCAAUUUUCAGUCAUUAAUUUUUACUAUUAAAUUAAAAAUUUAAAUUUUCUAUUUUUAAUCAAAGAUGUUUGGGAUUCAAAAUUAAAUUUGCAUUUUAAUUACUAAUUCUAAAUUUAUUUUUUAUCCAAGAUCCAAGAUUUUGAGCUUACAAGUUGGAAAUCUGAUUUUCAAUCCAAAAUUUUUGAAUCAAUUAAUAAUUCGCAACCCUGGUGCUGAUGGAUAAUGUAAUAAUAUGUUAAAGUAAAGAAAAUAUUUUUAAGACUUACUUUUAAGACUGCUUUAUUUAUUUUUAGCGUUUCAGUAAUGCUAAAAUUAAUCUAUUAAAUCUAAAAUAACACAAUAAAUAAAACAUUAUUUAGUCAUUGUUAUAAUCAGCUGUAUUCAUGUUUCUAUUACAUUAUUUCCAACAUAUAAAUCGGUUCGCUUUAGCAUUUACAUUUAAAUAAACAACACACAUUAUUGUACGAUAUUACAAAUAAAAAAUUAUUACAUAAAAACAAAAUGCUAAUUAAUUGUAAUUAUUGUUAAAUAAUUGUACGAAAUGCUUUACAAAUAUUGUAGCAAAUAUUGCGUACACUAUUAAUAUUAUGUUAGCUGCAGAAGAGUUUAAAUUUAUUACAUAAAUUACAACAGAUACACUUGGGGUCGAAAAUAUUACGAUAUAUUUAAAAAAAAAAAACAAUAAAACUAAAUUUUAUAAAAAUUACUUAUUCAAGUUAGCGGCUGAGUAAAAGGCACAACAGCAUUGACACAUAUACAAUAAGAGGGCAGACAGACAUUGCUGUUGGACAACACAAAAUAUUAUACUUGUAUGUACUCGUAGACUAAAAGUGAUGUCAAGAGGUUGGCAGUAGUAAAUUUUCGCCUUAUAAUUAGAGAUACAAUUUUAUUCUUUUAUUCGGAUAUGUUUGCAUUUACAAAACACUUAUUUAAUACAAUAAAUUGUUUAGGAAGCUGUUUGUAAACUGUAUACUUUAAAAGAGCGCUGCAAAUUAUAUAUACGCACGCGCAAGCUACUGACUUCUGAAUAAAAAAGUUACUGUACAUGUUAAUA